GUUUGUGUUCCUCCACCAGCAGGCAGUAGGCCCCGCCCUGUUUUAUGCAAAGCACCCAUGACGUCGACGGAAGGCAGCGCGACGUAUGCUUCUUCCGACGUUACUUUAAAGGCGCUUUUGAGACCUCGCCGUUGCAGUCCUGAGUCGCGGCCGGUCGGAACCUUCGUGACCGAAGUGCGUAGCAGUGGAGCUCGGCCGACUCACGGACACCACGGCGGAGACGGCGGCUUGACACGACCCGGCGUGGUCCACGACGGCAGCUUGCAUGAAACGACAUUUAUGAAGCUUUCAAACCCUUUUUGAUUCAUCAGUCAAUCGAUGGGGAUUUCACGAGGAGCUCCGCCCAUUGCCUGCCCACCCACCUCCACCUGCGACCUCCCCUCCAGCCCCACCCACUCCCUGCAGCCCUCCAUACACAAAAUGACUCUGGAAUUCACUGAAUGGUUUUCUAUAUGGAUUUUUACCCCCUGUAAUAGACAAAAACAAAAGUAAGGCGAGAGCGGGAAACGACCUCGAUGACCCAUAAGCCAUAAACGCGUGACACACACACACAUACACACACACGCACACACACACAUGCACACACAUGCACUCCAGCCACGCACAGAUCACAUACAUACAAAAGAAAAUUGCACAAACUUUGAAUGUUAAGCGCUCUCUUUUUUGUGAAAAUUCAGUUGCUUCCUAUUUUUGUUGAGGGGAUUUUCAGCAAAUUGUGGUCAAGCUGAUUUUGUCAGGGUAUUUUUCUUUCGGUGAAAACCACCAAGCGGUGAGGAAAGUGUUAGGAAUGCCACACUGCCCUGACAUUUUUAUAUGAAUUUCCUUGAAUGCACUCCAAGGUGCAUCCAAUAGAGAUUCAUUUGAAACAGAUUGCAGCCUUUGUAAUCACAGCACUUUAAGAGUUUUCUUUGUCAGGUGUUCAUCUAAUAGCUGUAAGGAGAUUAUUAACAAGGAUUGUCAGUUUAAAAGUGAGUUGGAGUGGGACCUUUUUCGGAUCAGGAUUUGUCCCGCCACCACCCCGAAGCUUGCAUGCCCCCGCCCGACAUGCCUCCCCAGAGCACGGGCACUGAUGCCAUGCAGGUGGGAUCAUUGGUGGCCGGCGCGGAGACCCAAAGUCCCACGGACGAAGGCAAGGGCGGAGACACGGAUGGAUCGGCGGGAGCGGCGAGCCGCCCCGGCACCGGCGGCGGCGGCGAGGAGUUGGCGAGCGAGGGCUCCAUCGAGGGCAUCCCCCUGAAGAGAUGGGUGAUGCACGGCGCCGUCAUGUUCGGCCGGGAGUUCUGCUAUGCCAUGGAGACGGCACUUGUGACGCCCGUGCUGCUGCAAAUUGGACUUUCUCUGGGCGACGUUCCGGGGAGACAGCCCAUAGGAAUUGUUCUCACCGUGCUGGGAGUGGUGGUGUUGGACUUCUGCGCCGACGCAACAGAGGGACCGAUCCGAGCGUACCUUUUAGACGUGGCCGACACCGAAGACCAAGACAUGGCACUCAACAUCCACGCCGCCUCGGCAGGUCUUGGCGGCGCUGUGGGCUAUGCUCUGGGCGGUCUCAACUGGACCCACACCUUCCUGGGAGCCAUCUUUAAGUCUCAGGAGCAGAUCCUGUUCUUCUUCGCCUCCCUCCUCUUCUCUGUGUCUGUGGUGCUGCAUCUGCUCAGCAUUGAUGAGCAGCCCUACAUCCCUCUACAUGACCGGCUGGACCGGGAGAGUCCAGUGCCAAGUCACCCACAUCCUUCAUCCAACGGUCGAGCUGGACUUCUCACUCCGAGACUGGAAAUGAUUGGCGAGGACGAAACGAUGGACAGCUUUGACCUUUACGACACCUACUGGGACGAUCUGUCCGCACCCGGGGAUAUGGACGUGAACUUCCUGGAUGUGGAGCUUGUGAGGAGUAAAAGCGACAGCGUCCUCGCCAUGACGGACGCCACCUUGGAGCACAUGGACCCCGACGCCUUGUUCCUUUGCCACAUCGAGCCAUCCAUCUUCGCUGACCGCCUCUCGCCCUAUCACGGCUCUCCCCCUUCCGCCGCGCACCCCCUGCACGCCAGCCGUAGCACGCCGCCUUGUCGGCUCGCCAGCGUGCGGCCCAGCAGCAACGCAGGCAGUCAGGAUCUGCCGCGCCCCCAAAGCGGCAGCCACUCCCCAAAUCAGCAUGGCAGUCCCACCAAGAUAUGCCGCCUCUCGGCAUUCUUACAGGAGAUGGAGAAUGACGAGGGCCAGGAGGUGUUGCUCAACAACCAGCUGAAAGAGCAGUGCACCCUGAACGGACGCCUGUUGGCAGGCGUCGGUGCGAAAAACACAGCCAACGGGUUGAGCGCCAAAGGACAGGUGCAUCGGGCCGGAAUGGUCAAAGCAGCCAGUACUGGCGCUCCCGUGCGGCUUUCACGCCACCAUCACACCUUCUACCGUCAGCCAUCUUGCACCUUUUCCUACUACGGCCGUGUGGGCAGCCACCGCUACCGCUACCGGCGGGCCAACGCCGCCUUUCUCAUCAAACCUUCGCGCAGCAUGAACGACCUGCACGAGGUGGAGGCGCGACAUCGGCGUCGGAGCCGCCGGCGCGACCGCCGCCGCAGCGGCAACACCAACUCGUCCAACGGCGACGCCGAGAGCGAGGAAGGCGAGGUGGAGACCACCGUGCAGCUGCUGUGGCUUUCCAUGCUGAAGAUGCCGCCCGAGUUGCUGCGCCUGUGCGCCUGUCACCUGUUCACCUGGUUUUCCAUCAUUUCCGAAGCCGUUUUCUUCACUGACUUCAUGGGACAAGUUAUCUACCACGGAGAUCCCAUUGCUCCUGCUAACUCCACUGAUUUGACGAACUAUCACAGAGGCGUUCAGAUGGGAUGUUGGGGUCUCGUUAUAUACGCCAUGACCGCCGCGACAUGCUCAGCUCUUCUUCAAAAGUACCUUGACAACUUUGACUUGAGCAUCAAGGUCAUCUACAUCUUGGGAACGCUCGGAUUCUCCAUCGGAACUGCCAUUAUGGCCAUUUUCCCCAAUGUGUAUGUUGCCAUGGUGAUGAUCAGCAGCAUGGGCUUCAUCUCCAUGAGUAUCUCUUAUUGUCCCUAUGCCCUGCUGGGACAGUACCACGAAAUGAAACAGUACACCAGUCACAGUCCCGGUAGUUCCCGUAGAGGAUUUGGCAUCGACUGCGCCAUCUUGUCCUGCCAAGUGUACAUCAGCCAAAUCCUGGUGGCCUCGGCUUUGGGUUCCAUCGUGGAAGUGGUCGGCAGUGUACGCGUCAUUCCCGUCGUGGCCUCCGGGGGCUCUCUGUUGGGAUUCCUCACUGCUUGCUUCCUGGUCAUUUAUCCCUCAAAUAGCGGGGAGGCGGGGUCGUCCAAAACUUCGGAAAAGCAGGCGCUGGCCGAUCCAAGUGAAAAAGCGAAGGAAAAAAACAGCUUCUUGAAACUCAAUAAGACAGGCAACACCACCAUCACUGUCACCGCCACUUCCUGUCACAUGGAGAAUGAAUCAGCACUGUGAUUGGCCACGAGUAAAAAAAGGUGCAAUCAUCAAUAUCAUAAUAAUAAUAAUAAUCCUUCCGUUCUGGGAUUGCUCCGUCCCAAUUCCAAUGGGAGUGCUCGGCAGGUUAAAAAAAAAAAAAAAAAAGAAGAAGAAAAGGGGGUUGGUCUGCCUCUCAGGGCCUCUACGGGUUGAUGCCUGGACAGACAACCUCACGGGGACUGAUCACACACACACACACCAACGUUACCGACCACCUCGAAGCUGCAAUCGUUGAUAACAAGAACAAAAAAAAAGUGCUUCUUCCUCAUUGUGGACAGAAAUGUUUUGUUCAGAUGAAGCUUUAAGACUCUUUAUGAACUUUCAUACUUGAAAACAAGAGCCCGAAGCCUACUUGUGGGUCAAAAACAAAACAAAAGAAUAGGAAUGAGAAUACAGUAAUAAGAAAACAGGGACUGCAAAGGGUGUCCAAAUCUUGUCAUUCCACGACAACAGAAGGCCAACGUGGAGCAUGAGCUGACGGUAUCAUAAGAUAUCCUGAAUUAACACCCAGAGGGUAAAUUCAGGAUACAAUUCAGAAUGAAAUUCCACAAUAGAGAGCGCCUUCACGCACACACACAUGAAAAAAUACACACACAAUGUACGGGGCAUUAUUAUCCCAAAUGCACGACCUCUUGAUAAUUGGAAAAAAUGCUGCAUGUUAGCGGACCAGAGUGUUUUUCCUCUCUUUCCUGCUUCUUCUUGUUAGCUUUUAUGAAAUGCAAGUGGCACGAUGGCUCUUACUCAUACUUAACUGCACAUCAGCUGAGCUGUCAGCAU